AUGAAGGGUGAUGCCUUGGUCUUCCCUUGCAACUGCGAGGCAGCAACGACGAGGAUUAAAGGUGGUGCUGGUGAUGAUUCCUCGUCCGCGAAAGCUGUUGGAAGGAUGGCAGCGGCUGGCGGUAUUGGGACAUGGCCACGGUGGUCAUCAAGCGUGGCGACUUGCUUCGGUGGAGGUGCAGCUGCAGCGACGACCACGUUGGUCGAUGGUAGUGGUGCUGAUGAAUCCUCUGACGACGCCUCUGCUGGUUGCGGGUCGCGCGACGGCGGACCGCAUAGCGCUCGAGUUUGGCUAGAAGUUCUUUCAGGCCUGCUAUCAUAUAGUCGUCGUGAGCUUCCCUCCUAG